AUGGGCUCAUCCGACGAAGCCAAGCCCGCAGAUGUUGCCACCGCCGACUUGGAUCUAGAAGUCCAAGUCGGCCAGACUCUAGAUGUCAGUGAUGGCCCUGCACAGGAUGGAUUCUCGGGAAAACUGCGCGCUUUUAUCAAGACCAUCGGCGCCGAAGAACACGGUAUUGAGCGCAUACCCGAAGACUUGCGCACAAAUCAGCCGCCUCGAGACUUGGCGACCCUUUUCCUCUCGGCCAACUUCAACACGGCCACACUGGCUUUGGGAUACCUAGGACCUACGCUCUAUGGGCUGGGCUGGUGGGAUUCCUUCUUGGCCGUCCUCUUUUUCAACGUCGUGGGUGGCGUAUUUCCUGCCAUUGCCGCUGCAUUCGGCCCCAAGUUGGGCCUGCGCACCAUGGUCAUUCCCAGAUAUUGCUUUGGUUGGUGGGGGGCCAAGAUACUGGCUGUGCUAAACGUCAUUAACCAAAUCGGCUGGGGCAUUGUGAAUGGCAUCUCGGGUGCUGCAGUCCUGUAUGAUGCCGGCGAUGGACACUUGCCGCUGACGGUGGCGGUCCUCGUUGUCGGCUUGGUGGCCAUCAUCUUUGGCAUCUUUGGCUACCGCAUGGUGCAUAUCUAUGACCGAUACUCGUGGUAUGUCAUGCUGGUAUGCUUCAUUUUUGUUGCCGGAUUCGGUGCUCGGCACUUUGUCAAUGUUCCCAUGGGAACGGGUCCUGUAGAGGCAUCGAACCUGCUCUCCUUUGGUACCACCAUCAUCGGAUUCCAGGCCGCGUGGUUACCUGUUGCCGCUGACUAUGGCGUCUACAUGCGUCCAGAUAUCAAAGCCCGUUCCUCAUUUGGAUGGGCCUAUGCUGGUCUGCUAUCCAGCCAACUGCUGGUUGAACUUUUGGGAGUCGGUCUCGGAACCCUCAGCCAAAGCUCGAAUCCGCUCUUCCAAGAUGCAUACACCGACCGCGGUAUUGGUGGUUUGAUUGGCGCGGUAUUCCAAGAGAACGGUCCUCAUGCCUUGGCGUUCGGCCGAUUUAUCGAGGUUCUCCUAGGAUUUUCCACGGCAGCCGUGAUUACCACCAACAUCUACUCUCUGGGAUUGAGCGUACAAAUGAUAUCAGUCAAGCUCCUCGUCAUCCCUCGCCUGGUCUGGACCUUGAUUGGUAGUGCCGUCUUCUUGGCCUGCGCUAUUGCCGGGCGUGAUCAUCUCGUCGAGGUCAUGGACAACUUUUUGUUGAUUUGCGCCUAUUGGAUUGUGCCUUUUCUGACCAUUUUCUUGGCGGAGCAUUUUCUCUGGAGACGUGACUUUGACUAUGAUCCGACAGCAUGGAAUGACCGGACAAAGCUGCCCUAUGGAUUUGCGGCAACUUUUACUUGGUUUGUCUGCACAACCAUAUCGGUUCUCUGUAUGAGCCAAACUUGGUGGGUGGGACCUAUCGCGGCAGGUAUUGGAGGGUCAGAGGCAGGCACUGAUAUUAGCUGGAUUCUUUCCCUAGUCGUUGGAGUCAUUCUUUACAUCCCAUUGCGAAUGUGGGAGCGCAAAAUUUGGCAUUUGUAG